GCUAAAUCAUUUUUAUAUUCUGGUAGUGGUCAUUAUUUUUAAAUUGCCCGACAAAGGGGAUUUAAGGGAUAAUUUAUAGUGAAAUUUCAAAUGCAAUAAUAAUAACAAGUUUUUAACACGCACUACCAGUAUGGGAUUAACGUCCAAAACAAGAUAACAAGAUAAGCUGAUGGGACAGCUGCCAUUUUCCACUAAAGAAAUUAAGCAAGGUCGUGCGUUGAUCUUAUCAAGUGGCUCUAAAACGUCGGGGGUUGUUGCACUGCCAUCAGUCGAUCGCAGUCGCUUGUGGCGAACGGACAGGCCGGAAAUGGGUGAUAAAACAGGGGAAAACUACAAUAAAGAGUCCUUCGAAAGGGCACUGGCCGCGUUCUACGCCUGUGAAAAGCUUCAAGUGGAGGACUUUAACAUCAAAACCUUAGUCCCGAGUGGGGCUUACUUCUGCAGUGUCAUCCAUCGGGUGGCCUUGAAGUUUCGGAGGUCUGCCGAAGCAAAUCUCGAGUCGGGGCACUAUGUUAUCAAAGAUUUGAUGCCAGCGGCAGCUGAAUUGGGCUCCAGCGAAAAGCAGAUGUUCGAACAGGUGCUUCCAGCCAUGUCCAAGGUGCUCGAGAAGGCUCCAUCCGACCUGGUCGAUCACAAACUGAACGCAGAUUGCCUGCUGGCGGAGGUGUCACCUGGCAAGGAGGUCUAUAUUCUGGAGGACUUGGGCGCACUGGGCUACGUCACUUUGGAUCGUUUCCAGGGUUUGGACCUUGAAGAUGCCAAACUAUGUUUGCGAAAGAUAGCUCAGUUUCAUGGCGCCUCCAUGGUCCUUCGGCAGGAACAGCUUUCCUUAGUGGAGCAGCUUCCGCCAUCUGCCUACUCAAAAGGAAUAACCGAUCCCAUUAUAAGAGGAAUUAUGUUUGAUGCCACCGAGUUUGCGGCCAAUUUGUUUGCCGGAGAACUACCGCAGAUAAGCAAGAAGAUGAAGGCCCAGAUACCUGAUGCUUAUUCACGUCGCAUGCAGGAGGCGGUGGAUCCAAAGCCCUCGGCUUUUAACGUUGUUGUUCAUGGGGAUGUCUGGCUGAAUAAUAUAAUGGUCAACAGGGCCACCAAGCGGGCUGUCCUGUUGGAUUUUCAGAACUGCUUCUGGGGCAGUCCUGCCAUCGACCUGCACUUUUUCUUCCACACCAGCCUGCAGCAGGACUUGCUGCUCCACCAGAAGGAUGAGCUUCUGCAGUACUACUUUGACGCACUCACGGAAACCCUGGGGCUGUGUGGUUUUACCGGCUCCAAGCCCACUUUCGAGCAGUUGAAGGCGGAGUGGCAGCGGUGUUUGUUUUACGGCUACAUGUCCGUCACCUGUGAGCUUCCCACCUGCUGUGCCUCGGCGGAGGCCAGCGAGGGUUUCAACUGUCUUAGCUUUGCUGAUUCCGAGAAAAUGAGGAUCAGGCGACGACUGCUCUUCGAGAACGAGCGAGUUCGUCAAACAAUCAGAGCCAGUCUGGUGCACUUUGACCAGCAGGGGAUUCUGGAGACGCCAUAGAGGACGAAUUCCAACGCUAAGUGCCUCAAAUAAAGUAAAUACGCAAGGUAUACAAGUGUAAAAGUGGGUGCAUCAAAAACGUUGAACGUAUUUUUCUCAGCUUUAAAUUUUUACAUUUUUACCUAUGCUAUUGGAUACGAUUCACAAAAAACUAUGUAACAUAUCGGAGUGAAUCAUAGAAUAAAGUAUGUUCUAUUUGAACCUAUAUGGG